GGGAGAGCACAUUACAAAGAGCCAAUCCCAGCGCCGCUGUCACUGUUAUGGUCCUGUCAGGGCGCCGGCGUCGUGGUGCUUGGGUGGUAGCCACCAAGAGGACUUAGGUGGGGCGGUCUCGCAGCAGCUCAGCGGCCCGCUGUGCCCGUCUCCGGCCUCGCUCCCAGCUUGCACGUCGAGACUCGUAGGCCGCACCGUCGGGCGAGCGUGCAGGUCGGCGCCGCGGCCGCCUCGGGGUCUGGGCCCAGCCGCAGCCUCUUCUACCGCGGCCGGCUGGGAGGCGCCGCGAGAUGCAGCCUCCGGGCCCGCCCCCGGCCUAUGCCCCCACUAACGGGGACUUCACCUUUGUCUCUUCAGCAGACGCGGAAGAUCUCAGUGGUUCAAUAGCAUCACCAGAUGUCAAAUUAAAUCUUGGUGGAGAUUUUAUCAAAGAAUCUACAGCUACUACAUUUCUGAGACAAAGAGGGUAUGGCUGGCUUCUGGAAGUUGAAGAUGAUGAUCCUGAAGAUAACAAGCCACUCUUGGAAGAAUUGGACAUCGAUCUAAAGGAUAUUUACUACAAAAUCCGAUGUGUUUUGAUGCCAAUGCCAUCACUUGGUUUUAAUAGACAAGUGGUGAGAGACAAUCCUGACUUUUGGGGUCCUCUGGCUGUUGUUCUUUUCUUUUCCAUGAUAUCAUUAUAUGGACAGUUUAGGGUGGUCUCAUGGAUUAUAACCAUUUGGAUAUUUGGUUCACUAACAAUUUUCUUACUGGCCAGAGUUCUUGGUGGAGAAGUUGCAUAUGGCCAAGUCCUUGGAGUUAUAGGAUAUUCAUUACUUCCUCUCAUUGUAAUAGCCCCUAUACUUUUGGUGGUUGGAUCAUUUGAAGUGGUGUCUACACUUAUAAAACUGUUUGGUGUGUUUUGGGCUGCCUACAGUGCUGCUUCAUUGUUAGUGGGUGAAGAAUUCAAGACCAAAAAGCCUCUUCUGAUUUAUCCAAUCUUUUUAUUAUACAUUUAUUUUUUGUCAUUAUAUACUGGUGUGUGAUCCAAGUUAUACGUGAAUAGAAAAAGAUGGUGUUACAUUUGUGUGUAGGCUGGGAAUUCUUGCUGAAGGAAUUGGAGAAAACCUGUUGCUGGCAAAAUUUUACAUGUUCCAGAUGGAAAGGGAAGUUUAAGCGCUUUUUAAAACAAUUUUUUUUUUGUAUUCAAUUAAGCAAUUGCAGUUAUCUGGAUUUUUGGGUCAGAAUUUUAAAUUCUGUUUGAUUCUCCAUAUUCCAGUGAAUAAAAUACAAAAGCAUGGUGUUUUUAAGAUUGUGUUGAUAUUCACCUAAAAACUUGUGCCAAAAGCACCUGGAUUGGUAAUUAUAUUUCACUUGAAGGGUAAAUUUGACAAUAUCCUGAUAAUCAAAAGUGCAAUUUUUUUCUUCAAAAUAUUUUCUCCAGCAUCACAGAUCCUGCAGAUAUAUAUUUAUAUUUAUACAUAUAUAUUUAUGAAAUAAUUCUUACUCACAAAAUAUAUUUCUGAUAAACAUUAAGAUAUUAAAUCUGAUGCACAAACUUUUUUUAAUUUGGCCAUUAAUCUUUUUUAUUUAAAAAUUUAAAUUUUUUUUUAAAUUGUAUAUAAUUUUUAAAAUCUCACACAUGCUUCAAUACUUCCUUGUUAAGAAUUCUUAAUAACUACUAAAACUGAUUUUAAUAGUUGCUGAUAUAUAUUUGGUUUGUUUGGGUAUACUUUUCAAAACCUUUUUGAAUGUCCGAGCAUCUGAUUUAAAGUUUCUGUUUAUCUUUCUGACCAAAGGAGCAAGAGGUAUAAUGGAUAUGGCAUUCAUUAAAAUCAUUACUAUGUACAAAAACAGUAAUAUUUACAGCAUCAGUAAAUAUUUUUAAGUGGUACUUCUAAAUCAUUAAAGUUGCGGAAAGAGACCUUUAAAAUCUUGUGGUCUUGAACAAUGUUAUAUGAAGUAGAAAAAAAUAAAAUACUUCCCAGUUGUGUGUUUUGUUUUAUAGCACCAUGUCCUGUAUUACUUGAUAUUUUAACAAGUAUCAGGUACUAACAAAUGUACAGUUUUUGCUAAGGGAACUGUUAAGAAAUUUUUAUCAGUGAAAUAUUUGUUGCAAAUAAUUUCAUAGGUUUUUAGAUACACCUGUAGUUAACAUUGCUUUGUAAAGUAGGUAAAUCAUUUUAUUUAUGUCCAUAAAAUAGCAAAUGUCUGUUAACUAUUAGCAAAUUAUUGUAUUAUCCUUUCUGGUCUCACCUGGAAGAGUUUCCUGCUGUCCUCAGUAUGACAACAUGGCGACCUCUUGGUAUGUAUUUCUUUAGCAAACUUACCCAUCAGGAAAUAUCCAGCACUUCUGAAGCAAAGCUACAAAUGAGCGUGUUAUCAAGCCCACCCGUCUUCCUUUCCCCUAAUCCCAAAAGGAAAGAAAGAAAAACUUAUUUUAAGCUGCAGAAAAAGUGUGGAGCACCUUUGAGCUAGAAUAAUGUAGAAAAUUACAUGUACUGAUUUUUUUAAAAACAGGUGAGAAGCACCAGAGGGAUAGGACUUCUAGAAGUUAGAAUAAUGUGAAGUAAUCAGGAAAUGUCUAUGCCUACAGAAGCAGCAACUGUAAGAUAAACAUUUUUUACACUUAAGAAAUUGCUGAGGUUAAUACUUUGUUAUAAUAGAUUAUAAUAUUUGACAUUCAUAGUGUUGACCCUGGAAUCUUUCACAAAAAGCUUGGUGGUCAGGACCAGGAGGUAGAAUUUUACAAGGCAAUAAAUGAAGGUAUUUUAAGAUCACCUCUAUUAAAAAAUGGUUUAAUUUUUUAAAACUA